UUUUUUUUUUUGCUCUUCUUUUUCUUUUUCUUUUUUUCAAUUAUGACCCAAAGAUUAAAUUUAGUUUUGAAUACCAUUGGAUUUUUAUCCAAUGUUUAUGCUCUCCGAAAUAUGAAUACAGGACCUUUUGAAAAUCAUUAUGCUUUAGGUUUUGGUGGGCAAUAUCAGUAUUUGACAAUUCUAGGCUUAACUAUUGCUACAAUCGCUUUUACAUUAAAGAUUAUCCGAUACUUUAUACCCAAGUUUUCUACAGUUAUUUACGAAAUUAUAACAAAUAUUGCUACACCAUUAGAAGGACUUAUUAGCGUUCUAUAUUGGUCCAUGAUGCUUCUAGAUCCUCAUCUUUUAAUUCCAAAGGAUUUGCCUGGUAUUCCUUUAAUAUUGGAUUGUACAUUACAUUUAUUUCCAGCUGUCUUUUUAUGGAUUGAUUUCUUAGCAUUUGAUAUUGAUUUUAAACGUUCCAACACACAUGUAGGUAUGAUUUCAGCAUUUACUCUCUUUUAUUUUGCAUGGUCUUGGUAUUGUCAGCAUGUGAAUGGCUACUGGGCCUAUCCAUUUUUAGCUGAAUUUACUCUCUUCAUGCGUAUAGGUUUCUUUGUUGGUUCAGGACUCUUGUGUUGGGGAAUGUAUGAAAUUGGAGCUAAAAUCCAUGAUAAAAUUCAUACUAGUCAUGAUAAAGCUAAAAAAAAAUUGACCGAAAAGAGUCUUUAAAAAAUAUAUCGCAUAAAACAAUAAUUUGUAAUGUUAAAUAAAUAAGGUAGUUAAUAAAUAUAAAGUAUAUACAAGUAAUGCUUGAUAUUUAUAAAUCUUA